AUGCAGCCAGAUACAGGAAAGCCAAAAACAAAUUAUGUACUUUUUGUUUUCUACGAUCUGGAGACUAGGCAGAAGAAGCGGAUAGAAGACAACAGUUAUGAACACGAGCUGAAUUUGUGUGUUUUUAAACAAUGCUGCGACGUGUGCAUAAAUACAAAGGAUAUUGUUUGUAAAAAAUACGGGUUAAGGCUGCAAAAAGUUCAGGGUGAAAACGUUAUCGCAUCCUUUAUGAUGCACGUUUUGGAAAUUAGAAAAAAAUUCAAAGAAGUUGUUGUCAUAGCCCACAACGGUCAGGCUUUCGACCAUCAAUUCAUUCUAAGCCACAUAUUAAAGAAAACCGAUUUAACUCCCGAGAUAAUUAUGAGAGGAACCAAAAUUAUAUUGAUGCAGCUGAAAAACGUUAAAUUUUUGGAUUCCCUUAAUUAUUUCCCCAUGUCGCUCUCAGCUCUCCUCAAAGCCUUUGGAUUAAAAACACUAAAGAAGGGGUAUUUUCCCCAUUUAUUUAACACCCUAAAAAAUCAAAACUAUGUGGGCCCCCCACCCGCUCUCGAAUAUUAG